GAAGUUUGGAAAUCUGGAGAUGUGUUGAAUUGAUCCAUAUAUAUACUUUUAUAACAGUAGAGCGCCGCCUAUCUAAUCUCACAGCUCGUAACUGCAAUGAGAAGAAACGAGAGCAUGUACUCUGAUUCAAUUCUGAAUUCUCAGUCGAGAUUGCUCUCUUCUCAUCGACUCUAAUAAAGCUCCAACUUUUGAGGUGUUUAUGCAGCUUCGGCACCGUUUAAAACUUCCAAAUGAAGUCAACAACAUCCCUCAGAGUUAUUCCUUGAGUUAGAGAACGAACAUUUCCGGAAGGGCUCUUUUUCAAACCCCUUUUCGAAGUCAAACAUCAGAGGUAAGCCAUUUCCACAGAGUAUUCAACCAUUUCAAUAUGGUAAGUAAAACUUUCUUCCAAAAACCUGUCUCGGUUCAACCUCGUCAGCGAGGUGGCUCUCUCUAGCUUUAGCUUUUGAAACAAUCCGGGUUGCGAACACGAACAACUUGAUCGACCCCGAAAGGACAAUCUCAACCACAUCUCAAUCGCAACACAUUGAGCUUCUAGUUGAGCUAGAACGAUAAGCCAUUCAACUUGCUAAUCCUAAUCCCAAUAUAAUACCAUUUCAGCGUGGCAUAAUGUCUUUUCUCACAACAACUCACCAAACCCUCACUCUCACCCCUAUUCCUCCUCAUAUCCCAAAGGCCCAGGUGCUUUCUCUACUACACAACCAUACGAAAAUGAUAAGCUUGAACCCCCUAGUAACAGCCCACACUCUCCUCCCACCCACGCAUAUCCUUGCCGUCGAUUUCUUCAAAACCGAGCCCCCAUCCCUCCAGCCAAGCCCUUCUUGUCCCUGUGAAAUUUGGGAAGUAACAGAUGAUAUGUCCGCCGCCUCGGAAGGAGACAAUGGAGGAGGAUGGCGAGGCGGCUGGGCAAAACGAUUUGUCCCCGAUCAAAUCACUUAUACAUCGAGUCUCCAAGAUCGCGAAGAUGGAUUGGUUAGUGUUACGCAUGCGCCAAUGGGGGUACAUAGUGUGACGUCGUGGAUUGUGAGAGAAGCGGGGCCGGGGGAAAGCUCGUUAAUGCUUGGGGAGGGAAGAUUGGUGCUCGAGGAGAAGGGGGUUGUGAGGGCGAGUAGGAUGUUGAUGGGAUUUAUAAAGACAACCUUGCAGGAAAGUCAUGAGAAGUUGGUAAAGGACUUCAUGAGGGUUCUAAAGGAGGAGGGUGCGGAUGGAGAAGAGGUGGGGAAUGGGGUGAAUGGGGAAUUGUAGACCAAUGGCUGGAUAGGGGCUGACAUGAGGAGAUGUUGGAAUUCUGCAGGAAGUAAAAUUUGGCGCCAUACUCAAAUGAAGUAAGUAAAGAUUCAAAUAUCUUGUAAGGUGAGUUAGCGGGGCAAAUCACGGAAUAUAGAGCUAAAUCUAUGAAUGAAUGUACACUUGAAACCAUCA